AUGAAACAUUUAAAGAAACAACAUUCCAUAAGAGCAGGAAUUUCAAGACAAAGUACAACUAUUGAUGAAAUGUUUGGUCCAUCAAAGCAACAUCCAUUUACUAUUGUUGAAGAAGAAGACUUUAUAAACUUUGUAUAUUCACUUUAUCCCAAUGCAGAAAUUCCCUCUGCUGAUACAAUAAAAAGAGAAAUUAUGGAAUUAUAUGUAACAAAUGUAGCUAAAAUGCAAACAGUUCUUCAAAAAUUGCAAAGUAAAAUCUCAUUCACAACAGACAUCUGGGUUUUCACUUCAAUGAAAUCUUUUAUGUCUAUAACUGUCCAUUUUAUUGAUAACAAAUGGCAAAUUCAAAAUAUUAUAAUAGAUUUUGUACAAAUUUAUGGUUCACAUACAGGCAGUAAUAUAAAAAAUUCAUUUGUGUCAGGAGUUACUACAGAUAAUGCAUUUAAUAACAAUACAUUUAUUCAUUCUUUGAAUAAUUGGGCAAAAGAACAUGAAAUUUCUUCUGAUGAAAAAAAAAUCAUUUCAGAUGUUUUGCACAUAUCAUUAAUUUGGGUGUUCAAACUUAGAGAACUCAUGACUAAAGUUCAUGCAUCUCCUCAGAGACAUGAAAAAUUAAGUUAUUUUUGUAAAUUUCAUGAAGUCAAUGAUUUGAAACCAAUUUUAGAUGUGGCAACUUGA